GGAAAUUAGGAACAAAAUCUGAUACGACAGAACCAACCGAUUUGUCAACUGGGGAAAUUUCAAGGUGUCGAGAAGGCCUUGGAGCGGUUCUACGACGAAAACUUAGUCUACUUUGUGGUGGAGUUGGAAUUGGAGGUUUCGGAAUGGUUGGAAUGCAAA